UGGGGAAGCCUCUACACGGCUCUUCCAAUCGCACCAGAGAGGGAGGGAGAGGUAGAGAGAGAGAGAGAGAGGAAAGAGUGUGGCUAUCUUCAAAAAGGGGUGGGAAUGUUGAACCUGGAAGCUGAAAAGUUAUUCCCAAGCCUGUAAACAAGAAUCAAAGCUGUAAGAACGUGGUGGCACUAAAACCAACUAGAAGGGGAACUUAGUACAGCCAGACCAGCUCACUUAAAGGUGAAGAAAGGUAAAGAACGAGACCAUUUUCCUAAGUAAAGUUAUCCGUCGAGACCAAGAGCAGCUUCAGAAUGGGAGAAGAUGCAGUGCAAGCAGAGAGGAGCAGCAUGGCCAGCACACAUGAGAACCAAGAGCUGGUGGUGCCAAGCCCCAGCCCCACUCAGUCUUCACCCACACAUAGCCUCUCACAGCUGGGCACCGUCGCAACCAACGCCUCUAUUGGAGAACCUAGCAGCACUGGGCCUCUGGCUGGGGGCACUACAGGCACUCUCACCAGAGAUGGAGCUUCACCAACAGGACAAGUGAAUGCCAUCACUGUCUUGACACUUCUAGAUAAGCUGGUGAACAUGUUGGACUCGGUGCAAGAGAACCAGCAUAAGAUGGAGAUGAGACAGGUCGAGAUAGAGGGGUCGGUGAGGGGCAUCCAGAACGAUAUGACCAAGCUCUCCAAAAGUCACACUUCCACCUCCAACACGGUCAGCAAACUCCUGGAGAAGAGUCGUAAGGUUAGCGUCCACAUGAAGGAGGUCAAGGACAAGAUGGAUAGGCAGGCCGUCCAGGUGAAGAAAUUGGAGGCUAAUCAUGCUCAGCUGAUCAAGAGAAACAACUUUAAAGUGCUCAUCUUCCAGGAGGAAAAUGAAAUCCCUUCAAGUGUCUUUGUGGAGGAACCUGCACCAUUACCUGAAGUGGAGGGGGAGACCCCGACCAUUGAUGCCAACCGUUCUCAAGAGGAGGGCCUUCAGACCAUCGCCCUCUCCUCGGAUGAGGAGCAGGGACCAGAAGAGGACGACGAUGAAAUUUUGGCCGCUUUGGACCUCGAGAGUGAAACCAGAGUUGAAAAAUCUCGAGCUGAGAAGAUCAAGCGCUCCAGUCUGAAGAAAGUGGACAGUCUGAAGAAAGCUUUCUCCAGGCAGAAUAUCGAAAAGAAGAUGAACAAGUUCGGCACCAAGAUUGUGUCCCCAGAGAAGCGUGAGAAAAUCAAGAAGAGUCUGACACCGAACCACCAGAAGAACCCUAGUGCCAAGAGCUCCUCUUUCAAGGUCUCUCCUCUCACCUUCAACAUCAAGAAGAACCGCAGUGGGGAUGCUGAACCAGAGGCUGAGGCCUCAGCUCAAUCCGAAAGCGCCAUUGCCUCCAUCGAACUGGCCCCGAUUGAGAGCCCAACUGAAGACCUGUCCUUCAAAGAGGUCCACUCCCAACUUGCACAGGAGGAAGUAAAGGCAGCUGUGGAAGCAAUGGAGAAAGAGGAGGUGCCCAACAUCCUGAAUGGCACAGCCGAGGUUGAGCUGUCGAUCACAGAAGUAAGCGAGGAGUAUGCUCUUUCUGCGACCCUGCCCCAGGACGCCUCCCAGAUAGAGGUGCCCCACAAUGCUUUACAGGGAGAGGAUGAAGGGGAAGGAGAGGAGGAAAAUGGAAAAGAAAGAGUGCAGAGUGAAGACAGCCCUCUAGCAGAAGCUGCAGCUGCAGGCCAAGCAGAGGGUGUUGCUGUAGGCCAAGCAUCCUAAUGUCCUGACCCUCCAAUCCAGCCCCAGGACAUCCUCCUAAACUGAAAAAGAAACUCUCUCCCUUAUCAGUGCCAGCCAUCCCUGCCAUGAACCCAGACAUCUGCCCUGUCCACACUGAAUACAAACUUACAAUACAGUAUAUUCAAAGGCAAAAUACAUGAAGUAUAUGACAUUUGCUUUAAAAUCCCAUAUCGCUGUGUUGGUCCCUAGUCUUUUAGCAGAAAUGAAUAUGAAAGCAG